AUGGCAUUUUCAAAGUAUAAUUUGAUGAAAAUUGCAUUGAUUCUCGACGAAGAAGAAGAAAUGAGACAAAGUAAACGAAGUAGACGAUUUUGGGUUCACCCAUUGGUCCGGACACGCGAGGAGGAAGGAGAAUAUACAACACUUUAUCCCCAGUUAGUGAAUGAUGAUGUAAAAUUUUACAAAUAUUUCCGUAUGUCCCAUGAAGAGUACAUGAAUAUAUUGUCGAAAAUUGAAAUUGAUUUGAGAAAAGUGGAUACACAAUUUCGGAAAGCUAUUUCUCCCACAGAAAAACUAUCUGUCUGCUUACGGUAA